AUGGGGAAGUUAACUUAUGUCAAUCGAAAAAUAGCUGGCGUCAAGCUUGCACAGUCAAUCCAACGGGAUAUCCAGAAAAGAAUCCCUAAGAUUGGCGAAGAAAAAAAACUUGCUGCUGUUCAGCGCGACCCGGUCGUUGAACUUGAUGCUACUGGACGCCAGCUCGGUGAAGAUGGCAUUGCUAUCGUUUGCGAUGCACUUUACGAACUGGCGGAAACUGGACUUUCCCGAAUUGAAGAGCUCAACUUUUCUGGAAAUGAGUUAACUGCUUCAUCCCUCCGUCACCUACGCCGAGCCGUUUCUGUCUGCCCAGACCUUCGUGAUCUUGAUAUCAGUAACAACAACAUUUCACUUGAUACCGUUGAAGAUCUAGAGAACUGGGUUGGCUUUUUGGAAUCCUUUGUCAAUCUGAAGUGUGUCAGACGUCUUGAAAUCUCCCACAAUCCGCUCGGUGACUUUGCAGUGGAAGCUUUUUUCCAAGUCUACGCCCUGGAACACCCUAUCUUCAUCCCAUACGACUUUGGCAACGCUAGGAAGUCUAACGCUGUCGAUGAACUGACUGAUGUUAACUACUCAGUUGAAGGAUUUGACAUCAGGUCAUCUGGCGGUCAUCUUUACUUGGCGCCACACAAUACUCAGGCCAGUGAUCUAGACAAUCUUGCUGAAUCCUCUAGAAAAGCGAGCAUUGGAACCAUUGGCUCUAGUCAUCUGUCGUCAAGUCCCCCAUCUUCUUUGGACGCUCCUCGCGAUCCUGCGGAUAUCCAUGGCCUUCGCGGGAUUCCAUACGUCGUGAUGUCAAAUAUUGGCGCCACUGAUCUUUCCGCGAUGUGGAUGAGUUAUGUUAUUCCCGAGCAUCCUUUGCCAUCUGACUUGCAUCCACAUCUCCCGUCAUUGAAAGAAGGGCCAUUUGCCGCCACCCUUCGCAAGUAUGAUGGUCUAACAAGCUGCCGUGGGAUCAUCAUGACUGAAAACCCAUUGGUAACUGCAUUAGGCCUUACCGUUUUGAAGGAAGCUGAGGAGCGAAGGGAUGAAGAUGCGGCUACUAUUGAGGAGCUAAUGACAAACGGACAGGGUCGUAGAAGGAGCUCAGUGGUUAGUGACACAGGGUGUGAUGAAGGACGUCGCGAGAACCGAAGAAAUAGCAUCCAAGACCGUGACGAUUCCUUCAACGCCAGCUCCUUCCCGUCCAAGAGCCGCAAAGCAUUGAAUGACUCCCGCUAUAGUCUAGACCGCUCAAGGGCCAGGAUCCAGCUAAACGUGCUUAAGGCACAAGGUGUCAAGGCUUCUUUGCUGUGGAAGAGAGUCAUGCGUUUGGUGGUUGUUAGUCGAGCAAUUCUCGUCGACUAUGCAGGCCCUAUCGUCAUCGACGGAUAUGAAUCUACUCUAAAGAUCGAACUGAAGAGUUCUCAGAGAACAAGUGUUGACAGCACUUUCAAGCUAGAGAACUCACCGGCGGUGUCGCCCGCUGCCAAAGAGUCUAUCAAUGCGAAGCCGAAAGGCGUUAAACUCGACCCCAAACUUUCGGAGUCUAAAGUAUACCAAGAUCCACAACUUCCGGGGAAGCUCCCAGCUGAUAUCUGGAUGAAAAUUAUCAUUCUGGCGGAAGAUAAUGACGGUGUGACUUCGCGCAACCAGCGUCUCAAUAUCUUCCAUUGGUCUAGAUCUCGUGUCUCACUUGCCACUGGGCUUGAACACUUGUCCGAGGCUACUGAGACCCAGAUUCGACGAGUCAUAGGAAAGGUAAAGGGCCUUACCUACGAACUUUGA